UCCGGGGUCACUCGGGAUGCUGCGUGCGGCGCGGGCCGGCAUCCGGCUCCUGUUGCCCGCGCGGGGCGGCGGCGCCGGCGCUGAGGGGCGGGGGGGGCCGGCACCGGCACCGGCACCAGCACCAGCACCGGGCCCCGCCUCUCCGCCUCCGCGGCGGCUCCUGCAGCAGGCGCCCCCCCCCCGCUGCCCCCCCCCCGCCGUGGCGCGGUGGCUCCUGGCCUGCAGCGGCGCCGUGGCCGGUGCCGUGGUGCUGGGCGGUGUCACCAGGCUGACGGAAUCGGGCCUUUCUAUGGUUGACUGGCACCUGGUGAAAGAGAUGAAACCCCCAAGAACGCAGCAGGAGUGGGAAGCUGAGUUCCAGAAGUACCAGCAGUUCCCAGAAUUCAAAAUCCUGAAUCAUGACAUGACGCUGACAGAGUUCAAGUUCAUCUGGUACAUGGAGUAUUCGCACCGUAUGUGGGGCCGCGUUGUGGGUUUGGCCUACAUUCUGCCCGCCGCCUACUUCUGGCAAAAGGGCUGGCUCAGCCGCCCCAUGAAGGGCUGUGUUCUUGCGCUCUGCGGGCUGGUCUGCUUCCAGGGGCUGCUGGGAUGGUACAUGGUGAAGAGCGGACUGGAAGAGAAGCCAGACUCCUACGACAUUCCUCGGGUCAGUCAGUACCGUCUUGCAGCACAUCUCGGCUCCGCGCUGGUUCUGUACUCUGCUAGCCUGUGGACGGGGCUGUCCUUGCUGCUUCCGCGACACAAGUUACCUGAAACCCAUCAGCUCCUUCGCUUGAGACAAUAUGCUCAUGGCACUACAGCUCUCAUUUUUCUUACCGCUCUUUCAGGUGCCUUUGUGGCAGGGCUGGAUGCUGGCCUUGUGUACAAUUCCUUCCCCAAAAUGGGUGAUCGCUGGAUCCCAGAUGAUCUCCUUGCCUUCUCCCCCGUGCUGAGAAAUAUCUUUGAGAAUCCUACAACUGUACAGUUUGAUCACAGGAUCUUAGGAAUCGCCUCAGUCACAGCUGUCACAGCACUGUACCUCUUCUCGCGGAAGAUCCCACUUCCUCGCAGGACCAGGAUGGCAGUGACUUCCUUAUUGGCUGUGGCUUGCAUGCAGGUCGGCCUGGGCAUCGGCACCCUCCUGCUGUACGUCCCCACGCCGCUGGCCGCCACCCACCAGUCGGGCUCCCUGGCUCUGCUCAGCAUGGCGCUCUGGCUCAUGAGCGAGCUCCGACGGGUCCCCAAGUAACCUGCCGGAGGCAGAGCCCUCCCGGGGGAGCUGCGGCGCUGGGCCCGGAGGCUGCUGAGACACACCACAGCACCCCCCCCCCCCCGCCAACGCCGGCAUACGGGGGGAAUGUGUGCCCAGGCAGGCUGUGCGCGGGGAGGAGGCGGCGGGUGUCGGUGUGAACUUUGUAACAUAAAGCAGUUUUUACGGAGCGGCUGGUGUCUGGCUGGGUGCCUCCUUUCCGGAGCGAGGGUGAUCAUCACGAUGCUGGUCACCACUGCCGUGUGCUGCUACCUCUUCUGGCUCAUCGCCAUCCUGGCCCAGGCCAACCCCCUGUUUGGGCCGCAGCUGAAGAACGAGACCAUCUGGUACGUGCGCUUCCUCUGGGAGUGAGCAGUCCUCAGGAGCCGGCACCUGAACAGACACCCCCCCCAAAUUAUCACCCUCUUGCUGCUGUUCCAGCCUCUACUCUCCCGUACCAGGCAGCCCCCAGACGUGCUGGGACAGAGGCUGGACCCGCUGCCCCAGUGUACCCUGAGCAUUGCAACCUGGACUAGUGAUGGCUGGGCCCCUCAGCAUGGCAGGCAGCACCCCUGCCUGGGAUGAGGGCCUGGUACACCUGGCCCUGGGAGCAACCACACUACCAGGGAGAGAUCCCCUCAGCUGGCCUAGUGCUGUAGUCACUGACAUGAAGCACCGUCCUGAGAGAGAUCUGUGUGUAGUGCCAGCAGCUCCUGUCCCUGCUGUGCUUGCCCUGCUCCCUCCAGUGCACUCAGCCAUAGCCCCGCCAAGUGAAACCCCUGCUUCCAGCCCAAGCUGCCCAACUAGUUACCAUAUUCCUGGUCACUUCAGGCACUGGCCGCACCUCUGCGUGAGAAGGCAGGAGCCCGUAGCAUCCUCUGUUGUAUGGUCAGUCCCCUGUGGUGGGGGUGGUCCCUGCUAAGACAGAUGCUGGCUGUGGGUGUGAGAAGGGAGGGCUGACCCUGGAGGAACACGCAGACCCCCUGGGGUGUGAUGAGGGAGGUGCUGGGGUGCAGGACAGAGGGUUCUGCUGCUUGGCAGCCUGCUGGAGGGGAUUAAAGGGGUGCUGCGUCUCCUCCCGCCUCAGCAGUGAGGGUGCUGCAGUAGUGUCUGGGUACCAUCACCCACCCAACCUGUGUCCAGGUUCCAAGAAGAACCGAGUAGGGUGUUGUGUCUUUUGUUUCCCCUUAUUUAUCACAUAAUCUGUAUUUAUUUACCUGACCGUGUUUGUUACAUUUGUGUGGUGGAAAUAAAUCCUUUUUCUAGUAA